GUUCAGGAAAAUAGGAAGUGAUGCAACUAGCUUGUGAGGCAGGUAAUGCCGUGGAUAUAACCUCCAGGAGGGAGCAAACUUUAUGAAAUCUACAGUUCAAAGAAAAUGAAUGAUACAGACACAUAACCGUCGUAUUUUCUGCAACGAUGCUGUGUUUGGGUGUAAAUGCGGCGAGGUCGUCGGUGUCUUUACAAAAGCUGUGCAUCGUCUCCCUGCUACACAUGAGACAUCGGACCUGUCAUUGCCCCGCGCAGCCUUCGAGAAGUGGUACCGCUCGCUGCCUCUCUACUGGACCCGCUCCACCCGCUCCUCCCACACUCACUGACCCCCCCGAGUGCUCUGACACCGAACCCAGCCGCAGUACCUCCGCCUGGUCCCCUGACCAGGGCCCGCCGCCGGCUCCCACCCACUGCUGCAUGAGUGGCUGCCACAACUGUGUGUGGAUCGAACACGCGGAGCAGCUGCUGGCAUACUACCACGACGGUGGCGACCGGGCGCUCGACGCCAUCGAGGAGAACGUCCACGACGAGAACCUUAAAGCCUACCUCAAGAUGGAAGUCAGACUCCUAAAAAAGACGUGACAGGUUGACUGCCGGUGGCUUCGAUCACAGUGUUGUCAGGGAAUGAGUGUUGUGAGCGUUGUUAGUAAAAAAAAAAAA